AUGUUAAGACGUAGAAUAAGGUCCUGUCCGGCACUGUCAUCUUCAAGAUAUACAAAUAUAUACCAAGAUACUUUUGAUUUUGAUGAGUCAAAUGAAACAAUCACUCAAGGUGUUUCACCAUCAACUGGAACUAAUUGUGAAGAAAUUCUACGACCUGCUGGUACAGAAGGUUUUAUGGCUGGUAAAACAAGUUAUUCAUCAUCAAACUUGAUUGGUGAUAGUGCUUUAGUUAGCACUGUUAGUAAAACCCAAGGUGGACGAGCAUUAUUGAUCAACAUUGACUUUGAAGUCACUUGUCUCUAG